ACUCCGACUGCACUAGGGUUAACGCUUUGCUGAAACUCCCGAGCUGGCCCUCAGACAUUCCUUUAAUCGCGUGAACUUCUGGCCUUGAUUGAACUGCGCAUUUCGAUGAGGAACAGAAAAACCGACUUCCGGUUGACCGGGAUCAUCGCUGACGUGGCACGUGGGAGAUUUAUUCGGUCCUUCCUCCUGAGCCGACCUAUUACAGGACUGGCAACAUGAUUCAUAUGCUGUAGUGUCUUCUCCCGACCGCCAUCAUCCUCACGCUCUUUUCUCCAUGUCGAUGCGGCGACAGCGUCUCAAGGCUUUUCUUUUUCCUAGCGUCGUCAUCACCGGCGUACUGCUAUACUUCGUUUCGCAGUAUCACUACCAGAUCCGCAACACUAUCUCUUAUGCGACCCGGCCAAUAUGGGAUACGGCAGAUGGUCCUCAGCAUGUUAUACCUCACUAUUAUGGUGAAGGUUUGGAGAUGGAUGAGCAUACAUGCCAGCUUCAUGGUUGGAAGCAACGCCCGGACGCCGAGAAUUACCGUCUGGAUUUGUUGGAGAUACGGAUGAAUGAGCUGGACUCUGUUGUUGACCGCUUCUUCAUUGUCGAGUCGAAUGCUACCUUUACCGGUCUGCCAAAGGAAACCUAUUUUGCAAACAACCGUGCGCGAUUCUCCAAAUUUGACAAGAAGAUAUCAUACCGGUUCUUACCCGGAUACCCUCUCAAAGAAGGCCAGACAGCAUGGAAUGUUGAAGCCAAGACUCGCGAUACCAUGACGGCAUUCUUGCGCUCACAUAUGACCGAGUUUGCACCAACUACAAGGCCACUCGUCAUCAUGUCCGAUGUCGAUGAGAUACCAUCAAGUCAUACCCUCCGUCUCCUUAAAUCCUGCGAUUUCGGUACCUCUAUACACCUGCAACUUCGCAGUUACGUGUACAGUUUUGAAUGGUUCCUCGGUUUCAACAGCUGGCGCGCAAGUGUCAACCUCUGGAUGCCCAGCACCUAUUACUCCCAUCGGAAGAGUGGUGAUGUCAUGCUCGCUGAUUCGGGCUGGCAUUGUAGCUAUUGCUUCAGAACCAUACCUGAAUAUGUCACCAAAAUGACCGGCUUUUCUCAUCACGAUCGUAUUGGUGGCCAGUUGAGUCUCCUGGAUCCACAAAGAAUACAGGACACCAUAUGCAAGGGGAAAGACAUAUUCGGGAUGCUUCCGGAAGCAUUCAGCUAUGUUGAUCUGCUGGCCCAGAUUAAUCCGGAGCCGCAAGUGUCCGCUGUAAACCUUCCGCGGUUCCUGAUUGAAGCUGCUGACCGGUUCAAAUUCCUUCUCCCGGGCGGGUGCCAGCGUACAUCGCAGACAAUCGCUGAAGUCGAAGUCGCGGAUGCCCUUGAUGACUUGGAACGAUAAAGAGAUAAAGACGAUUUCUUGAUAUACCUAUCUACCCACUGUACACCUCUGCACUAAUUUAUUUAAUCUGGCCAUGUCUUGUAACAUUAUUUUGAAGUUGAUAUCUUGCAUCCUUACAUAGACUGGAAAUAUAUUCGAUUCUGACA